UGAGCUAUUCCAAGUGUUUAUCGGUAUCAUUCUUCACCUCUGUAAGAGCCAUAUUGUUAUUGUUUUGUUUUUUAACCUCCUACCACUUGGGGGCGUAGAGCACUGUUUCAAUUAGGCUACAAGGUUCGUAUACACGGACCUACACGGAGCCCAUCGCACCUUCUUUCACUUUCUUUAUAAAACCCCGUCGCUCACACCUUCGAUCAGAGGCUCAAUGACUUUACAUGGAUCACUGCGCUUUUUAAUUGAGGUAAAUCCUCUUCUAGACUGAGUCGUUUCAGGCGUGGCUGCUGUGCUUCCUGGUUUAACAAUUUAUUUAAAGGAAAUUGGAAAAAAGGCUCGAGUGAGAGAAAUUGGUCCUCCAAGGAGAAUUAAAAUGAGCAUUCAGGGACAGGACCAGGUGGAGAAGAAGUACGACCCACAUGACGCCACCCUGAAGUUUGUAAAGAGGAAGAAUGACUUAGAUCCAACAUGUGACGAUGACGAUCUCAAGGCGGAGAUGUCCUGCGGCCAUGCUGUCACUCCUGACUCUCUAACUAUGUGGUGUCGCAGCAAACUGGACGAGGGUAUUUAUAAAUUCAAAUGCCCUGCACUGGUGGAGGGGAACAAACUGUGCAAUAAACUGUUGUCGUACCAAGAGGUGCGCAGACUGGCUGAUUUGUCUAUUGAGGAAAUGCAGCACUUUGAACAGACUAUAGCUCGCCUGGCUGCUGCAGAAUACUGUGAAAUUCAGACUUGCCCAUGGUGUAAAACGAGUGUGGAGAGAACGGAUCUCUCCAACCUGUGUGUCCAGUGCACCGUCUGCACGGCCGACCGGAAGAAGGCCCGGCACUUCUGCUGGCAGUGUCGGAGGGAGUGGAAAGGGUCGGGCCCUCGAUCGGACCGCUGCGACAACGCCGACUGCAUCAACGGCAACGUCCAGCUUCUGCAGACCUGCGCGACCAUCAGUCUGCCAGACGUGAAGGGGGUCAGCAGCUGCCCCUGCGUCCGAGUCUGUCCCACAUGCGGCAUGAAGGUGGAACAUAACCGGCAACACUGCAAAAAUAUCAACUGCCCUCGCUGCCACGUUGAGUUUUGUUUCGUCUGCCUUAAACUAAAGCAAGAAUGUCUCAAGACCAGUUCCCCAUACACGAUCUGUUCGAGUGGUGUGGCUCCUAGACAGACCUCUAUCCCCGUGUGGGAAAAGAAAUGAAAAAGAAAUGGAUGAACAAUUUUAACAAUUUGAGUUGAAUAGAACCAGCUUAUUAUGUAUACACAAAAUUUGACAAAUACUCAAGCUAUAACAAAAUAAAUUCAACAUGUCUACUCUACCUCCUCCUGAAUGAACGUGGCAAUGAUGUUUUAUUGCCCUGGGAAUGUCAAUCACUUUGAAGCUAUAACAAGAGCAAAUUAUACAGUUACAACGCUUGAAAUGAAAACCGUUAGAUUUUAGAAUGCAUUUAGAAACAUUAUGUAAUAGUAAAAAUAUAAUGAUGCCAUAAUGUUUUAUUAAUGUCUAAAGCUAAUCAUGCCUUUAAUUCUGAGGAAGUUCCACCACACCAGCUGUGCAGGAACUACCUGAGCAGAAGAAUCUUCUCUUUGAUCCCAUUUGUCUUUGCAUAACAUAGCUGCGUGGCGGUAGGAGAAGGUGUGAAUGUCUCCAGCCCUAGUCCUAAAUUUAAUCAGACAUGUGUUGUAAGCACCUUGAGUUUUCCGUCGAGUCUGGGACCUCUUUGCCUGUCUCCAACUUAGCAUAACAAAACCAAGGUGUUAACCCUGUCAAUGUAUAAAUAUAUCUAUGUUGCUCUCAAACAUUAAGAAAUUUCUUCUUGCUAGCAACCAAUAAAGGGAAAAUACAUCUUGAUUCACAAGAGACUUUAUAACGAUGCAUGAGAAAAUGAUUCCCAAUUGCAUGAGAAAAUCUUCCACAACAAUUAUUAGUCACAGAGAAAAAAUCAGGAUAUUCUGAAAAUGAAAGCCCUUCAAAUCUCCUUUGUGAGCCGACUAUAAUACACAUGCACAUUUAUGCUUAGUCAUACAUCUAGAAUAUGGCUUUUUUUCAUUUCUAUUUCACUUAAUUUGCUUUUUUUUUAGUUUAAAGGUGGUUGUGGUU